UUGAAGUAGUCGCUACUAAUGCGGUCAGUGACUCACGCUUCUUUGACGUUUAAUUUAUUUUAUUUUCAAAUAAUUCAGUAUUACACACGUAUAAAUAAGUGAAAAGUAUUAUAAUUGUGUUAAUUUAAUUAUGUUUCUUUUAUGAUAUAAUAUAAGAGCAGAAAGUGAUCGAAGUGCGUGUUUAGUUUCCGUAAAGAACAAAACAAAAGGUUACGAUGGCCGAAAAGAAAAUACAAGAGAAUCCCUUACCGGAGGCAACAGUUCAGGAUGUUCCUGCAGAGACAGCGGACAAACCUAAAGACACAUUACCUAAAGCCGUUCCGGACAAAACAACCACCACAGUACCACUGCCAGCAGUCCCACCACCAGUGGUGACACCACGUCUGUCCGUGCCGGGGUUUACGAAGGCCUCGCCCAAUGACUUGUACCGACGGUUGCUGCCCGCGAUGCUGUUUGUGCUGACAUUCGUCACUGUCAUGACAAUGCUGCUCAUUUAUAUGGAUACUGUUGCACUGGGCGCUCAAAAGUUCCGCGCGAACAUGUCCCGCGACUACGAGCUGGCCAGCAUCGCGCAGGGCUCGGCGGCGCUGGUGGCCUUCGUGCAGCAGCUGCACCUCGCGCCGCGCCACCGCGCGCCGCCGCCGCACCCGCCGCCGCAGCCCACGCCGCAGGUGCGGGUGCUAGACCAACUGUAUGGGGAGAUUUACAACGGCACGCUAGUAGAGUUCGUCCCCCGCGGCCCUGUAUCCGGUACAGCGGCGUACCUGCUGUCGGCGCGCGGCUGGGACGGCGUGGUGGUGCGGGCGGCGGCGCGAGACUACCUGGCGCUGCGGGGGCCGGCCAGGGCUCUGCACGCGUGUCUCAGCCCCACGGAGCAUCCGAGAGAGGUGACAUACCAAGAGACCGAGUCCCAGGAGAGCGUGUUCAGCUCGCGCGUGCUGUGCCUGCCGCUGCUCACCGUGCUGCUGGCGGGCGACGCGGCGCGGGCGCAGCUGCUGCUGCUGGGCGGGGCCAGUGCCCUGCCUGCGCUCACGCAUCUGCCUUUUGAUGAUGAGAGGGUGCAUUUGCCGAUGAUAGAGGUACAAUUCAGCAACGAUACCAUCCGCAAUAAGACUACGAACUUUCUCCUUACCAAGAACUACACGGUGGCCGCGUCGUUCGACACGAGCGUCAUGUAUGCACUCAAUAAAGACGUGUGAUCGCCGCGAGAGACGGAACGCAACUGACAGUUAUGCAAGGAAUAAGGUAGGUGGCGCUAGUGGGACAGACAUUUUUUUUAUUGUAGGUAUGUAUUAUUUUUUUUGGUGAUUUCGAAUGCAGUAAUGUAGUUUUGGAAAGAAAUCAUAAAUGAAGAUAAAUUAAGUUUUUUUUGGUAUCUGUCAUGGGUGUUUUCGGUAUGUAUCAAUUUUGAAAUAGAAAAUUUUUGCAAAACUGUUUGAGUUUUAAUAAAACUUCAAAAUCGAAAUCAUGAUGUUUGCUUUGGUUUUUUGUGAUACACGUUUAGUUUUCGUUGAAUUCAAGUUUAUCCAAACUAAUAUUAUAAAUGCGAAAGUAACUCUGUCUGUCUGUCUGUCUGUCUUUCUGUCUGUCUGUCUGUCUUUUCUUCACGGCUAAACUACUGAACCGAUUUGUGUGAAAUUUGGUACAGACAUAGUUUGAAACUUGAGAAAGGACAUAGGAUAGUUUUUAUUACAAAAAAAAAUAAAAAAAAAUUAUUCCGGACAUAUAGCGCCAUCUAUUGGGCAAAUCAAAAAUCUGCUGGUAGUCACUAUUCCACGCGAACGAAGUUGCGGGCAAAAGCUAGUUUGAUAAUAAAUUUAUAAUAAAUUACUUGUAAUGUUUCUAAUUGUAUCACACUUGCGUCCCACUAGCGCCACUACGAAUAAAUAGAGAGCACAAAAUAACAAACAAAAAAAAGAAUCCUAAUUAUAAUAAUGAUUUACUAUUAAUUUUAACGAUUCUCAGUGAAAUCCGAAACUUUCAAUUUUAAUAUAAUAUGUGAUUUAAUUUAGUUAUAAUUUUAAGUGAUUUUAAUACAAUUAAAUUAUUAAUUUUAAUUAAUUAUUAAUCGACCUGAUUGAUUUAUUAAGGACUUUGAAAUAUAGGAUUUACACCCCUUGGCCAUACAAAUGCGUAUAGCAUUAUUCCCUAAACGUUAUGUGGUCGAAAUAUUUCUUAAUUCAUUGUAAAGCCUAAGUUCAGUAUUUCCUAGGGUUGUAACAACUACAAUAUCGAUUGAUUUGAAAAUUAAAUCAUGCAUUUCUUUUGUCAGUAUACUAUAGGUACUCUAAAGUCAGUUAAAUAGUUCUAAAUAACAUUUACAGUGAAAGUGCCUUAAAAAGUGUUAAUUUCCAGCUUUUAUUGAUCUUUGAGCAACUUUUAUCUGCACUGUUUAACACACGAUAGAAUAUUGCUAGAUGCUAAUUUGCCUUGAAGUGAAGGAAAAACUGUAUUUUUGAUGCAAGUUGAAAAUGAACUUUAGUAUAAGCAAAGUUAUUUGUCCAAUAGAAAGUUAAUUAAUCCUAUUUUUAUAGGUUACUUCAUAUAAGUAUGAUUUCUCUCUAAAUGCGCAUAUUUUUUGACAUUACAGUAAUUAGAAUGUCUAGUUUUUAUUUUUGUACGUUUUUUUUUUUACAUUUCAACUUGUGUCAGGUGUCUGCUGAGAGCGGUUGUCGAACGACAAUAAUAAGACUUGUAAAUUAAAGUUAAGUCUAAACUUCUCUGUUACUGAAAUUAUCAUAUUUCUACAAAAUUUGUUACAUUUACAUCCCUACUAAUAUUAUAGAUGCGAAAGUAACUCUUGUCUGUCUGUUACGCUUACAACUUGGUACAGAGAUGAGAAAGAGAAUUAUAUCUUAUCUUUAAUCUUGUCUUGAAUUGUAUCUUAACUACAGAUGACAAUUAGACACUCAUAUAAAAAGUAGGUACCUCAAAAUGUAUGUGAAAAUUAUGUAGAAAUUGAUACUCAGUAACAGAAUAUAGUUAAGAAUAUUGUGCCGUAUGGUUGUAAAAGAUGGUAGCUUAGUACUAUAACGUACGAACCGCGCACCACACGCGAUUUAGAUAGAAUAAUCAAUUGCCUCGCUUUGACUUGUUUAUCGAUAUCGAUAAUUUUUGUACCGAUAUCUCUAAGACCGAUAACAAUGAUCUUUGAAGCUGAUUUCACGUUACAAUAAUUGUUUUUUAAAUCUGUAGCUUGUGUAAAACACAUUCGAAAUAAUAAAGGUAUUUUUUUCAAAAUAGAUAUCGAUAAAUAAAUCAAAGUGAAAAAAUUUUUACUCACAAUUUCUGAGCGUUAGAAUAUUUUCACUGCCAUUUUACAUCAGUUGUAUUAUUUUCAAUUAUCUGUUUUGUAUCGUACAAUUCCAUCCAGUUUUAUUUUAUUAUAUGUAAUGUUAAUUAUUUUAAUUGUAGUAAUUAAUGAUUAAUGAACAAUAUAGAUAUUAUUUGUCUCGAAUAUUUUGAUCUGAUUUUAUUGUAAUUUUAAAUUGAACUGUACCAUUACAUGUUGGUAAUUCAUUGCAAAAGUAUUAAAUUAGUAAUUGUUACGAGAAUGAUUUCUCAAUGGCGUCCUAUUAUUAUUCUUAUUAAUGAGUAGUGAUUUAUUAAACAUUGUCUACAUGUAUGAUGUUCAAUAUGAAACAACAUUGUGGUGCAGUUAAUACGUUUUAUAUUUAUUUUUGUAAUCGACAUGGUUGUAUCGUAUUUUUUUAAUUAUUGUAAUUUAACGGCAAUGAUUGUUGAGUCAUUCCAUUUCUUUCUAUUUAAAUUCCAUUUUUUAAUUUUAAUUAUUAAUAAGACUGAAUAAUAUCGAAUAUUUUUUUUUAAAUCUCAAUGAAAAUGCUAAAUAUUUAUUUUCUCAGUGAUUGCAGUAUUGUUGUGACGCUUCAAUGAAAUAUUUCAUUAAUUGUAUUAAUUUUAGCGUAUAUAGUUAAUUUUAAGUAUAUUUUUGUUUAGGCUUAGUUUAAAUGCGCUCAAUUUUUCACGAAUAAAAUUUAAUGGCUUUAAUUAGACUUGUGUUUGAUUUUUCGCAUUUUUUUCUAAUCCUAACAUGUGAGUUAUUCCCAAUUUGUCAUUAGUACCGAUUGGUCACCAACUAUUUUUUCCAUACACCAAAUCCCAAUUGGUCAUUCGAGCAAAAUAAAUAAUUUUAUAUUUAAAUUUUGAGUUCCGAUUCGUCACCCGCAUAAAAUUUCACGUAUCAGAGUACCGUCAGAAAUAAAAGUGUUAGAAGAAAUUUUAAAUGAAAAACUUCGAUGUAGGUAAAGGUAUGGCUCUCAUAUAAAAUAUAAUAAAAUUUACAUUAAAACACAGGUGAAGACAACAUGGGCAUUUUAUAAACCCGAAAAUGUGACUCGAUACUUUUUGUGCCGGUAACAAAAGUACCAGGGGCCCAUAACUAGCAAAGAGAUUGUAUACAUAAAAAUGAUGAAUGAUGGUGUAAAUUGGUAUGUUUAUCUACAAUUAGGAUAAAAACGUAAAAUCCUGACACUCUUGACUGCUAUACUCCUGUAAGUUAUGCGGUCCUAGUACACGGUGGGCAGUUCCAUGGACACUCGUUGAUUGGUAUAUUACUCAUCUGAUUUAUGCGAUCCUGGUAUUUUGGUUUUGGCCGUGCGGUGUGUGACGCCGUUGAAAUCGCGAUUUUAUUAAUAGCGUCUUGCCAUAUUCGGAAAAAACAUAACCAAAAUAAAUAAAAAAAAAACAUAUUACAAUAUUGUAAAGC